UAGAUAAAAUUGACAUAAAAUUUGGAAGAUCAUUUUUAGAAAGAGUCUAUUCAACGAAUGCAAAGUUCGAUGUUCGAUUCACUUUUAAUCGCGUGGCAAUGAGGAGGAUGCAUCAAGCUCUUAACAAUCCCGACGUGAACUUUAACCGGUUGUUUCCUCAUGAUCAUCAUAAUCAGGAAAAUUAUGAAGGUGAAAAUAAUGAACAAAUAACCGAAUUUUAUACUUCCCAAGACGAAUAUCAAAAACGUGCGGUAAAAAUCAUUAAAUCUGGAGAACAUUAUCCUUUACCUUUUAUUAUCUUUGGUCCUCCAGGAACAGGCAAAUCUGCCACCGUUGUUGAAGCAAUAUUACAGCUCCGAAAUGAUACAAAAAACAGAAUUCUUGCUUGUGCGGCGUCAAAUGCAGCAGCAAAUUUAUUGUUGAGAAAGUUAAGUGAACAUUUGCCACCCGAAGAAAUGAUUCGAAUCUAUGCUACUUCACAGAAAACAAAUAAACUAGAUUCAGAUCUUCAUCGCUACUGCAAUAUAUGUCGUGGAAAGUUUUAUAUUCCGACAUUAACUUAUAUCGAGGAACGACAGGUUGUCGUGACUACCUGUAAUACCGCAGGAUCACUGUAUGCGCUUGGAAGGACGAAACCGUAUACACAUAUUCUUGUUGAUGAGGCAGGACAAGCUCUUGAACCAGAAAUUGUGAUUGCGUUACAAAAUGGUUCUGAAGACACAAAGAUCAUUUUAGCAGGGGAUCCUAAGCAACUAGGUCCAUUUGUAUAUUCUCCAACUGCAAGAAAGCUUGGCCUUGGCCAAUCUCUGAUUGAACGACUUGCAAAAACCAAUUACUAUGAUUUUAGUAGUACUUGUAAAUAUGGAGUGAAAUUAUUAAUAAACUACCGUACACACCCGGAAAUCCUUAGCUUUCCAAAUGCUACGUUUUAUGAAGAUGAACUUCAACCCUGUAGAGACUCAAAUCUUACCAAUAGCUUAAUUAAUUUCUCGUACCUUCCUAAGAGAGGUUACCCACUCAUGUUCUGGAAAGCUAACGGUGAAGAAGAACGUGAAGGUCAAUCACCAUCUUGGUUCAAUGCUCGUGAAGCCGGUUAUGUAUUAGCAGUUGUAAGGCAACUUUUGAAGGAAAAAGUUAAACCAGAAGAUAUUGGUAUUAUUUCACCUUAUGUUAAACAGCGCGAAAAGAUCAAUAAAUUAUUAAAUCAUAAGGGUAUUAACGGGGUGGAAAUUGGAACUGUGGAAAAGUUUCAAGGUCAAGAACGACGCGUGAUCAUUAUUUCUACUGUUCGAACAGGUUCUAUUGGAUUUCUGGGAGAGCCGGGACGAGUAUGUGUUUCUUUAACCCGUGCACAAGCUCUUUUGAUAGUUAUAGGGGAUCCGAAAACAUUGAUGUCAGAUAAACUUUGGGGAAAAUGGUUGGAGAAAGUAAGAGAAAAUGGUGGAUAUUCAAAGCAACGUUUUCCUAACAAAGCCUG